AUGUGCUGCUGCCUGGGUUUCCUGUUCACGCCUCUCCCCACGUCAAUUAUCAUCGCACUUAUCACUGUUGGGAUAUCGGCAUUCAUCUAUGUGCUUUCCAAACCCAAGCCCGUCUACCCGCCUAUAGACCUCAACAGACAGUCCAUCGGAACAGAGGGUGGAGCUCGGAGAUGUGCGCUUCUGAAAGAUGACACCCUGAUGACCCAUUACUAUGAAGAUGCUAAAACGCUGUAUGAAGUAUUCCUGAGAGGUCUGCGGGUGUCAGGAAAUGGAGACUGCCUGGGAUCUCGGAGGCCGAAUCAGCCCUAUACAUGGAUCACUUACAAAGAGGUAGUUGAGAGAGCGGAAUUUUUGGGCUCAGGCCUAUUGCAAAAGGGGUGCAAAGCCUCCCCAGAACAAUUUAUUGGCGUGUUUUCUCAGAACCGACCAGAGGUAGUGAUUGCUGAGCUGGCCUGUUAUUCCUACUCCAUGGCUGUGGUACCUCUCUAUGACACGCUGGGACCGGAAGCCAUCCUGUUCAUUGUUAACAGAGCGGAACUCUCAGUGGUGGUCUGUGACAAGCUGGACAAGGCCCAGAUCCUUCUGAACAAUAGUGAGAAGGGACUGACCCCUGUGCUGAAAAUCAUCAUCCUGAUGGAGGAGUUUGGAGACGACGUGAAGGAGAAGGCCGCCAAGUGUGGAGUAGAGGUUCUCUUUAUGAAAGAUGUGGAGUACCUGGGAAAAGAGAACUUCAAGAAAGUUGUGCCACCAAAGCCAGAUGACCUGUCUGUGAUUUGCUUUACAAGCGGGACCACAGGUGACCCAAAAGGUGCCAUGCUGACCCACAGAAAUGUUGUAUCUGAUGCUGCCAGUUUUAUUAAAAAUGUAGAGAGCACCUUUGCUCCAAUGACCUCCGAUGUUGAAAUCUCUUAUUUGCCCAUGGCGCACAUGUUUGAGAGGGUGGUUCAGACAGUGGUCUUCUGCUCUGGAGCCAAAGUAGGGUUUUUCCAAGGGGACAUACGUCUACUAACAGAUGAUAUGAAAGUUCUGAAGCCGACGGUGUUUCCCACUGUGCCAAGAUUGCUCAACCGUGUCUACGACAAGAUACAAAGUGGAGCUCAGACACCAUUCAAGAAACGCCUGUUGGAGUUUGCAGUGGCAUGCAAGUUUGCUGACGUGAAGAAAGGCAUUAUCCGGAGAGACAGCAUCUGGGACAAACUGAUAUUCAAGAAGGUCCAGGAAACUAUGGGUGGACGUGUCCGAAUCAUGGUGACGGGUGCUGCUCCAAUAUCAGAGAAUGUUCUGUCUUUCCUGAGAGCCUCUCUUGGAUGUCAGAUAUUUGAAGCCUAUGGUCAGACAGAGUGUGGAGCGGGAUGUUCAUUCACCACGCCAGGAGACUGGACGGCAGGUCAUGUUGGGGGUCCUCUUCCAUGUAAUUUUCUUAAACUGGUGGAUGUAGCAGAAAUGAACUAUUUCUACUCUAACGGGGAAGGAGAGGUCUGUAUUAAAGGCCCCAACGUCUUUCAGGGUUAUCUGAAAGACCCGGAGAAGACAGCAGAGGCAAUGGAUGCAGAUGGUUGGUUGCACACGGGAGAUAUCGGAAAAUGGCUUCCUAAUGGGACCCUGAAGAUCAUUGACAGGAAGAAGAAUAUCUUUAAACUGGCGCAGGGCGAGUACAUCGCUCCGGAGAAGAUUGAGAACGUAUAUGUCAGAAGUGGGCCCGUGGCUCAGGUGUUUGUACAUGGUGACAGUCUGCGGUCCUGUCUGGUGGGGGUUGUGAUUCCUGAUCCUGAGGUCUUGCCGGACUUCGCAGCAAAACUUGGCACCCGUGGCUAUAUGAGGAGCUCUGUAAAAACAUGGCUGUAA